GUUGCUGCUAUCAUUGUUGUGAGGCUGUCACUUAAUUUCUUCAUUGUAUGUUCUCCUUAAGUUUCAAUCGUUCUUCAGUUGUUGUCACAUUGUUGGAUUCAGUUUCACAGGUGAGAUCGUGGAGUUAAGUUUCAAGGUGAGUUCGUGUAGUCAAGUUCCAAGGUGCUUUGAAUUAUUCUAGCCAAGAGUACUGCACAGGUUACAAUGGUUCUCAAGGAUUCUUCAAAGAAAAACCUUGGUGGCCAUCUGUACAUGAAGACCAGACAGUUUCUCAAAGGACUGAAAACAAAUAAACGAUCUGCUUCAAGGAAUUUACCAGAUGCAGAGUUUUCUUCUACAUCGACCGAGUUCAUGAAGAUUGAUGAGGGAGAACCAGGGUACUAUCCUGAAAUUUCUUCCUGUGCAGAUGUUGGUAACACCAGCUUUAGGCACUGGGUGGAUAACUCUGAUUCAAAUCUUUCUCAUGGUGAGGAUGGAAUGGAAACGUCAGAUAUUGUGCCAAUUGAUGAUAUGACUUCUCAACCUCAAUCUUACGAAAGCCAAGAUUGGCUUCCAACAUUUGAAAGCAGACAUUAUCAGCUUGCAGGUGCUACUUGUAUAGAUAAUGAUCAAUCUUUGGUUGCACAAGAAAGUGCAGAAGAAAGUGUGGAUUAUGAUGCAUCAGCAAUCAAUAUUCCUUAUCUUGAUUGCCGAAGACCUUCACAAAUGGAUGGUUAUCGAAUUACUGUGACCAAGGAGGUGAAGGAGGAAAGAAUAUUCUGGUUUUGGAAGAGGUUCUCCUUCAUGGAUGCGAUAAGUGCAUGGCGUAAUGGCUAAGGUUCAAGCGAUGAAAUUCGGAAAGACGAAGAAAUCGACAAAAUACCUAAUCCCGGCCCUGGAACGCCGAUCGGCCGGACGCCCGCAUCGCACGGCGUCCCUGUGUCGACUAACUCCCGGAAUGGCUAGAAGAGUUUUUGUGAAAGAUUCUUGACAGGAGCUGGAAUAUGAUGCAUUGGUAGAACUUGAUAGUUGAAGACUAUCCUUAUCACUGGAAAGAACAUGCUGUAUUUUUUCAGAUUACUUUUUAACUGGAGUUUUAUCUUCAAAGGUUUCUAUCAGUGGCUAAAACUUGUUGUUCUUCUCUUCAGUCCAUGCUAUUGACUACAAAAGUUAGCGUGAGCAAUACAGGUCGAUGACGAGGGAGCAAGUCCCUGCACAGCUGAUGAGAUUCAUGAAGGACAUAAACAUUUCGAUAUAGGAUGACAUUAUCCAGUUCAAAUUUUGUUCCAGCAUGUGAAAUUCCUAUGCUUGAAAGCUAUUCGGUUGUUGUCUUUGGGAACAUAGCAACAAAGAAAGGGACGUUAGAUUCUGUUGAAUGCUCAACAACUGAUCAUUGGUUGGCUUUCGCUGGAUGUCAGUGCCGACUUGGUGCUCAAACAUUUCAAAAAUU